AUGCAGUACUUCUAUUCCCGAGUAUAUUUCAGAAAAGUGCUGAUGGGGAGCACCUUGGGCCACAGUGGCAUGUCUCCUCCGCCCUGCAAGCUGCCCUGCCUCUCACCGCCUACCUAUGCCACCUUCCAAGCCACCCCAACCCUCAUUCCCACAGAGACAGCAGCUCCAUACCCGUCUUCAGCACUGCUCCCAGCUGCUGGGGUGCCUGCUGCCCCCACCCCUGUUGCCUUCUACCCAGGGCCAGCCACUCAACUCUACCUGAACUACACAGCCUACUACCCAAGCCCUCCAGUCUCCCCCACCACUGUGGUCUACCUCACCACACCCAUUGCUGCCCUGGCAUCUCCUCCCACCUCAGUGUUAUCCCAGCCAGGAGCCUUGGUCCGCAUGCCAUGUGUCCCAUACACAGCUGGUAUGAAGGAUCUACUCAGCAUCUUCCAGGCCUACCAGUUAGCCCCUGAUUACUACACCAAUCUGAUGCCUGUUGGUGACCCACCUCGCACUGUGUUACAAGCCCCCAAGGAAUGGGUGUGUUUGUAGAAGAGGAAGCCAGAAAGUAAGAGCCAGCUGAUAUCCUCAGCAAACACGUCUCUCUUGCAUCCAGAAGACCAGCACCCUCAACCUGGUAGCUUCUUUCUGGCUUGUCAAAGCUCUCAGAAGGUACAUAAAGGAGCCCAAGCCCCAGCUCCGUCCUCCACUUUUUCUUCUGCCUGUUUACCCCAAAGA